AUGAUAGGAGGUCUGCAGACGAACAAAUGCAAGCCACUGGCAUCAGAGGUGCCGAACUUGUGGUGCGUGAGCAGUGUGGACACGGCGAAAAAGGCGAACGAGCUAGAGAAAGGGAGAAAGGCCCUGGCUGAGAAGGAGUCUUUGACGGAAAAGUUGCGGGUGCUGGUGCAGGUCAACACCUCAGGGGAAGAGAGCAAGAGUGGUGUAGAGCCAAAGGAGGCGACUGAGCUUUGCAAACAUGUGCGGGAACAGUGUCCGAGUUUGCAGUUGGCAGGGCUCAUGACCAUUGGCGCAAUCGCCAGAAGCCAGGAAGCAUCUUCGCCUGAUGCAUUGAACGAGGACUUUGUCACGCUGCGAGAUACAAGAGACAAAGUCGCCGGCGACCUCGGGAUCGAGAAGGAUGAGCUGAAGCUGAGCAUGGGCAUGAGCCAGGACUUUGAGGCUGCCAUCUCUGCUGGAAGCGAUGAAGUGAGAGUAGGCACGACCAUCUUCGGUGACAGGCCGGCCAAAAAGGAUGCCAAAAUUCUGUGA